AUGACUAGGCAAUUACUUAAAAGAGUCCCAGUAUUAAUAAUAGGAUGUGGACCAGUUGGAAUGUCAUUAAGUAACUUAUUAAAUAAUUUUAAGAUUAAGAAUAUAAUAGUGGAUCAAAUUAGUAAUUUUUCAAAAGAUCCAAAAGCCCAUUAUAUUUCGAAUAGAUCUAUGGAAAUACUAAGAUUUUGUGGAGAUUUAGAUAAAACUGUGACUAUACUUCAACCUUCACUUGAAGAAUGGAGAAGAAUUUCAUACAUAAGGAAUUUUUGUUAUAAUGGUGUACUAGGGGUAAGAGAUGAUUUCGAAGGUUGUUAUACAUAUAAUAAAACUUACUAUGAAAAAUUUAGUCCAUCUAAAAUUGCACAUUUUAGUCAAAGUAAGUUGAAUCAAAUAUUAUAUAAUAAUAUAAAGAAUGAUUGUGAAAUAAAAUUGAAUACGAAGUGGAUUGGAUAUGAGUAUAUUAACAAAAAAAUUGGUGAUUAUUUUUUAACAAAUAGUAUAAAAUCUAUAGUAAAAGAUAUUAAAACUGGUAAUAUAAUACAUAUUGAAAGUGAUUUUUUAAUUGGUGCAGAUGGUGCUAAGAGUUCAAUAAGAAGAGCUAUUGGUAGGAAAUAUGAAGGAAUUAAAUCAUUACAAAAGCUUAUAAAUAUCCAUUUUACAUGUAAAGAGUUAGGAUCUAUAUGCCGAGAUGGUAAAUUUAAGAAUCCUAGAGAAAUAGAUGAUAAAGAUAUAUCACUAUCAAAAGAUAUUUAUACUAGUAGUAUGCUUUAUUUUAUUUUGAAUCCAAAAGUUAUUGGUAUUCUAGUAUCACAUAAUUGUGAUGAAGGGAAUUUCGUGAUGCAUAUUCCAGUUCUAGAAAAUGAAAUACCAUUUAUAAAAGAAAAAUAUAAAGAAGUUUACAUAAAGGAUCUUAUAAAUAGCCUAUGUGAAUUACCUUUAAAUAAUAUAAAAAUUCACUCUGUUAAUUUGUGGAAUAUGUCUGCUGAAGUUGUUGAUUCUUUUACUGAUUUUUCAGGUAGAAUAAUUUUAGCUGGUGAUGCAGCUCAUAGAUUACCACCUUCAGGUGGUUUCGGUUUAAAUCUUGGAUUACAAGAUAUUUUAAAUUUAAGCUGGAGAAUAGCUUUAAUUAUUCAAUUAUUUAACAAGAAAGGAAUGGAAAAAAUAGGUGUAAUUGAAAAUAAAAUACUUAGAUAUAUGAUGAACGAGUAUAACUUAGAACGAAGGCAGCAUGCUAUGUAUGCUUGUUCUAAUUCUGUUGCAAACUUUUAUAGAUCUCAGUAUAUACCUCAAUAUAUUGGAUUAAAUUGGAAAUUAGCUAGUAAUUUGGGAAAGAUGAUAAAUAUAGUAUCUUCGUUCGUACCGAAUUCAUCAAUAUUACAAGAUUUUUGUAAUAAUAUAGUUACCUCAAUUACUGAUAUUGGUUUAAAUCAAUAUUCUAAUUUAUUAAAUAAUGGAUCAGAAUUUAAAAGAAAAUUAAAUGUAAUAAAUAAAUAUAUAAAAUCCAAUGAAAAAAGUUUAUCAUUAAAUUAUAGAGGCCUUGAUCUAUCAUAUUCAUACAAUUAUCUAAAUUUGAAUGAUGAUAUUAAUGUUAAAAUAAAAGAAUCUAUAAUUAUACCAAAGUCUCCUUUUAAAUAUAGUCCAAGCUGUCUUUUAGGUUUAAGAAUUCCUCAUGAAUAUAUUUAUACACAUUUAGAUGGCAAUACUGUCUUGCGUUUAUCUACAGUUGAUAUUCCAAUGUUAUUUUGUUCAAACGAACCAAGACAUAUAAUUAUUACAUUUGACAAUGAAAUGUUUAAUAAGAUUGCUGAAGAUUUAGAUAAAGUAAAUGGUAUUAUUCCUUAUAAUAUUAUACUAUGGGAUUCAAAAUAUAUAGAAGAUGAACGAAAUAUCAUAAAUAUAUCAAAUGAGUUUAAUAUAAUGACAAAAAAUAAAAAUAAAAUAUCAGUUUGGACUUCACUAGAUAUAAGGAAGAGGUAUAUAAAUUUUAUAGAUACAAUUCCUAUAUACUUACUUGAUUCUCUAAAUAAUAACACUAAAAAUAGAGCAAAUCUAGAAUAUGAACAAGAUAUUUGUGAGAAAAACAAUAUAGAAUGUAUAAAUAAGCUGGUAAUUUUAAUUAGACCAGAUGGACAUAUAAAAGAAAUUUUUAAUUACAAUAGAGAAAUCAGAUCAAAAUAUAACAAAGAAAACUUAAUAAAACAUCUUAAGAUAUAA